UUUGAGGUCGUGAUUUUGUGGGGUUUGAAUUUGGUAGGCAGCAAAAUGGAGAGCCCAGUCGAGAAGGAGACUCAGAGCGGUGCUGGGGAUGAGGUUUUCUCCUUGGAACUUCCUGCUCCUUCUGGUUGGAAGAAAAAGUGACCCAUAUCUGUUGGGCAUCCGAAGCAGCCUGUUCAAGUCUUAACUCUCGUGUCUCUGUGACCUUUGUCUUUUGCGACUUACGAAGAAGUUGGUGGAGGCUGAAACUUCACAAGAGAAAACAGUGACAAAGACAUAAAAUUCAGUUCAUGCCCAAGAAAGCAGGCACCCCUAAGAAAAAUGAGAUCAUUUUUACUGCUCCAACUGGAGAGGAGAUCACUAACCGGCGACAGCUGGAACAAUACCUGAAAUCGCACCCUAGUGAGCCAGCAAUAGCUGAGUUUGACUGGGGAUCUGGUGAAACUCCAAGGAGAUCGGCUCGGAUAAGUGAGAAAGUCAAGGUCACUUCCCCGCCAGAAAGUGAGCAGCAUCCAAAGAAGCGUAGGACUUCAGUUACAAAGAAGGAGAAAAAGGAGGGGGCUGAAGAAAUUGUGGUGGUUAAAGAAAAAGAGGCAACUGAGAAGGAUAGUGCAGCUGAAGAAACAGGUAAGGAUAUCGGAAAAGAAAACCAAGAACAGAAAAAAGCAGAAACACAGGCCACAGAUGGGAAAGUAGGAGAAAAAGGAGAGAUUGAGAUGGCUGAUGCUGAAGAGUGCAAGGAGGAGGGAGAAGCAGAAACAGAAAAGUCCAAAGAAAAAGUAGCUACUGAUACUGAAGUAAUGCAAAAUGACAAAGGGAAAGCGGAGGACACCGAAGUUCAAGGAAAAGAGGAGCAAACAGCUAUGGAGCAGGACAAGCUGGAUACAGUCACGGCUGAGGAAAAGAAGUAUGCAGUGGAAGGUGACGAGAAAGGGAACGAGAAAAGUAGUGUUGGAACUGAGGGUGAAACUAAUGGGAAAGAAGCAAUGGGCGUGAAAAAUGAGGAACAAAGUAAGGUAAUUGACGGUGAGACAAAAAAGGUAGAGGGAGAAGUGACCGAGAACGGCGGCAGCGCUUGUGACUCCAAGCCAUGAGUUGAUUUGGUGCUGCUUCUCUCACAUUCCCAACUUCCGCGGGUCUUGUCCAUUGAAUAACUGUAGUAUUGUAGUUUACGACUGAAUUCUGAUUGUUCGUGUAGACAUGGUGUUUGUAAAAUUGUACACUAGAAUGCCUUCGAUGUAACGUGGUGUUGUAGAUUAGGUCUUUGAUGCCGCUGCUGCUGUCUUUGGGGACAUUGAAGGCACUUGUAGCUACUAGCUUGCAGAGCACUAUGUAAAAUUGUAGUGUUUAAAACUGGUAUUGUAAUAAAGUGCUUAUGUGAUUCGGUGAA